UCAGCCAAGUUGCCCCUUUGGCGACUGCGCGCGCGUGUCUAUCAACAUCGUACAAGGACUGUUUGUUGUCCGGUGCCCGGCGACGUCACGGAAUUUGAGAGCAGGACAGUGCUCUCAACAAACAGUCCUAGGACUCAAAUACUGUGGCAAGUUAACCGACGUGAGUUUCCCUGAACCGACUCUUGUUUGGAGCUCGUCUCUCUUACAUUGGAAUAGUACAAGGGAUAAGGAAAAUAAUCAGAAUCUAUGAUCUCGGUCCCUUUGAGGAAAACAGUCCCCUUUUACCCUCUGACUUCAUGAUCCAAUUGGGUUUAGAUAGUCUAUUCGCCAGAGAUGUCCACCGCUGCAACUCCAACCACCCCCUCUCAGUUAACAUCGGAUCAACUCACGGUCAUUGUGGCAGCAUUUUCAGGUCUGGUGUUCUUUGUGGUGAUCGUGGUGCUGCUGUCCAUAUACCGGAAAGAACCUUACUGCUGCAAGGACACCCGUGGAGACAUGGAUGCCCCUCCUCAGUACUACAGCAGCAGACAGACACUGGUGGGAAACCCCUGUCUGGAACACACUCACGACAUCAUACACGACAACACACACUCACAGUCAGGGCAGCUGUUCCUUAUCGGCCUGCCCUCCAGCUACCGCCUGCCCUCCCUGGAGGCGCCCCUCCCCAGGCUGCCCUCCUACGAGAGUGUCAGGAAGAAGGACCGCCAGAGACAGAUACACAUGAUGAUCGCUGACCGUUUCGGCCUCAACGGCUCAAUGCUGACUGAGCCCCCUCCAACGUAUGAGGAGAGCAUCUGCCACUCCAUUGAAGUGCCCUUUGACAUUCUGGGGUCUGUAAUAGACGCCCCUCAUCCCCAGAACAUUUACCCUCCGCACCCUGGCACAGACAUUACCACUCAGUCAGAGGUAACCACUCAGUGCCCGUCCACUCAGGAUGCCAACAGUGCCACCCUACCAGUCUGAAUCCUCAGACUCGCUACUGACACACGAUGACAAGGACAACUGGAGUAUUGAUGCUUUUUAUCCACCUUGAUGUGCCAAACUAGUCAGAGGAUAACAGACAGUGGAAAUGCACACAUUCUCAAUAGGUUGAAUCAGAUCCAGCAGCCAAUGGGUUGACUGUACUGUAGAAACAUCCUGCAGUGACAGUAUGCUGGAAGAUAGGGACCAAAGAUAGUGAAAUUCUACAUUGCGGGUUACUCCAUUCUGACAAACUUGAAUGUCUAAACACCUCUAGUCAGUUGUGAUUUUAAACUGGAGCCUAAAUAAGAUUGGUGAACUGGGAAGACUUGGAUUGCCAUUCUUCAGUGAAAAGGGAAACCGUCCUGUAGAUGACCAAUACCAUGACUAUGUGUCUGAGAUGGCAGGUUCUAAUGCCAAAGUGAACUGUAAGAGGAGACAGGCCAGGUAGAAAGACACUCCAUGGCAAAUGUGCUGCUGAAAAACAAAGACCAUUUUGCUGUGAACAGAAAAAGCACCAAAAAGGGAAGAACGAUCUUUAGAUUUAAAAAACAUGUUUCUCAUAUUUUCUACAUUUGAUCAUUUUAUGGAUUAAAGUAAUCUGGAUGAUUGUUUUUUGGGGAACUGUGUUGUAGCAAGUCCUUUUCUGAGUAAAACCACUCUCCACUUUUAGUGCAAUGUCCGAGCCAAAAAUGUAUAAGCGUGAGUUGUAAAAUGCUCCUAUGUCCUUCCCUGCUGAGCUUGAGUUGUACAGCUGAGCCAGCUACAACUUGUGUGCUAGUCUUGGAACCUGUGAAGGGUGAGUCAACAACACCAAACCUGUGUUGGCUCUGGUAACGGGUCUUAAAGGCCCAAUGCAGCCGUUUUUAUAUCAAAUCAUUUAUGGGUAACAAUAAUGUACCUUACUGUAAUGGUUUUCCAUUAAAAUUAUCAAAAUAGUUUUUUUUGUUGCUUUUAAGCGUUUUAAGCGUUAAACGUUUUAACAAGCAAGAAUUGUGGUCUGAGUGGGGAGGAUAAAAGGGAAAAAUAGUUGUUAUUGUUAGAGAGGUUUGGAACUCUUUGUUAUUAAUCUAUUAACUCAUUUACCACCUGGUGAUGUCACCAGGCAAGCUGAAACUCCACCCAUGCAAAACCUGCUGUUUAGAAGGUCCUAUGUAGAAUGUAUUUCCAACCAGGAAAUAAUACUGAUCAAAUCUUGCUAGUUUCAUCAGCUGUUGUACAAUAUGACGCAAAACACAGAAAACUGAAUUUUGACUGCACGGGGCCUUUAAGAUACAAUUCAGCAUUGGGAUUCUGGGAAGCGUUAACUAAGUAGCUAGCUUUCUUUAUUCAAGAGCUCUGUGAACAGUGAAUGAGAAUAGUUGUGUAAAAAGCUUUUUUUGUUGUUGAUUAAUUGGGCUGCCUGUCUUAACAGUCCCUGCACAAGCUUGAGAAGAAACCAGUAUCAAUGACAAAAAAAAGUAUGUAAUAUUUCCCUCACAUCAUGUCUGAAACAAAAGUAUGAGGUUUCAGCAGCUGUUAGCAAGUAGAGACAAGUCUAUUCAAAAGACAGCAAUUGUGAAAUACUUGUAUGUUUAUACAAGUGUAAGAGUGAGAAUUGGAGUUGAUAAUCAUUUAUAGACAUGUGUCUAUAAAUUACUGUCUGUCACGUAAACUAAUUGAGAUGGUGGUGGCUUCCAGAUAAAGACAUGUUUAACAUAGCGCCUGUGUGCUGUCUCUGUCUGGCCUUAAUGUCCACUAGUUUCCUUUUCACCUCAUUUAACACAUGAUUUACUUAACAAAAGGCACAUCUCAAUAGGUGGUCCAGGUAUGACAUGACAUGGAACAAGCAGGGGGAGGGGCAGGUGGUGCUUUCCUCUUUUGUUCUCCAUUGCUUCUCUAUUGUUCCUCAAUCUAGGAGGAGGCUGAUGACAUCACAUCUGACCAUUUAUUUAACCUUUAUUUAACCUGGCAAGUCAGUUAAGAACAUUCUUAUUUACAAUAACAGCCUAGGAACAGUGGGUUAACUGCCUUGUUCAGGGGCAGAACGACAGAUUUUUACCUUGUCAGCUCGGGGAUUCGAUCUAGCAACCUUUCGGUUACUAACUACUAGGCUACCUGCCGCCCCAAACCUGCCACUCCAAAAUCCUUGAAGUUAACUUAAAGUUUGCGGUUGUCUCAAAAACACUAUUUUACUCAAAACUUAUUUUUUAGCCCUUUAGUGUAUGUAUUUAUACUUGGGAUAUUUGAACAGGAAAAGUAAAACAAAAUCACUGGAGGACGUCUAACUUUCACUUUCCGAACCCUCUAAACUGCACAUUACAUUGGUGGGAGCAGUGUUUUUGUGCAUUUUGAAUAACCCUGGAACCUAAGUAUUAUACAAGUGAAUUGAUUACCUGUAAGUUUACUUUGAACCCACAACCAAGUUACAUCUGACCUGUGCACACACAUUGAACAUAUGUAUGUAAAUAAUAAACUGUUAUUAAAUCAAAUUGUAUUAGCCACAUGCGCCAAAUACAACAGGUGUAGACUUUACAGUGAAAUGCUUACUUACGAGCCCCUAACCAACAAUGCAGUUGGAUAUACGGAUAAGAUUACAGAUAAGAAUAAGAAAUAAAAGUAACAAGUAAUUCAAGAGCAACAGUAAAAUAACAAUAGCGAGACUAUAUACAGGGGGGUAUUUUAUAUUUUCUUAAUCAUGUAAAUUGUUACUUGCAAUGGGUGAAUUGUUUUUAAAAGUCAUAAUGACAGUCUAAGGAGGAAAAUGGAUGCAUUUGUUUCUGUAUUAAUGAACAUAUGUUACCUCUGUGUCUUGUCAAAUCCUUCUCCAUCCAUUGUCACUCAAAAGCUUGACCUCUGACAUCUGGUGGCCAGCUAUAGAAUUGCAGUCUUGAAGAUUACACCAUUUUAACUGAAAACUGAACCAACCCACCCCAUACUUUUGAGACAAUACUCUCACAUAAACAUAAUGAUGUCACAGUCAGUAAUAUAUUUAACUCAUUAGAUGAAGUGUCCACAAGGGUUCCAUUGUCCUGCUGUUGGGUGUCUAAUGAGAGAGAGCGAGAGAGAGAGAGAGAGAGAGAACAAAAAGAGGAACUCAGAGGUCAUUAAGCUCCUCACAGUUGGGCAGCACAGCUGGAAACAGCCUAGGGGCAGAAUGAGAAGACACUACAGGAUGAACAACUUCCAUCACCGUCUUCUGACUGACAGACACAAAGUGCAACUGUUUGGUAAUCCCCUUGAGCUCUUGUUGUAAAAGAUGAGCCCCAUAUAGUUAAUUAGGUCUUAUGGUCAUUUGAUCCCGUAAAAUACAGACCACAAAAAGGUGACAUGGGGUUCUCUCUUCACCAUUGGCAUCUCAACAGCUAAUUAAGCAUAGAUAUUUGGCAUUUAGGGGAUUAGCACAUGCUAUAUUGAAAGACAGGCUUUGUUACAUUUACAAUUACUUUCUGAUAACCCUUCAGAUUUCAAUGAAGGAAAGCAAAUAGCAGUGGAUUGUUUCUUCAAUAAAUGUCCUAAUCUUCAUAGCCCUUUAUACUCGUACCUGUGUAUGGAUUGAAAAUGACAGAUUUGGGCACUAAUACGUGCCUAAAUUGGAAUGCAGUUACUGUACAGUAACAUGCUAUACAUGACAUCAGAGCUCUGGCUCUGAACU